GGGACAUGAAGAUCAUACUUCUGCUACUUUGGCUUGGGGUGCUUCUGUCCUUUUGUGGACGCACUGAGGCUAAGCAGCCCCAAUACCAUAGUCCCCCAGAAGUGGUGAUUCCUUUGAAGAUACCUGGCAAUAGCAGGGGCAUGAAGCCUGCAGGCUGGCUCUCUUACAGCUUGCAUUUUGGGGGCAAGAGACACAUUGUCCACAUUAAGGUCAAGAAGUAUUUGUUGUCCAGACAUCUCCCAGUGUUCACCUACACAGACCAAGGUGCUCUUCUGGAGGACCAACCCUUUGUUCAGAAUGACUGUUACUAUCAUGGUUAUGUGGAGGGGGACCCAGAAUCCCUGGUUGCCCUUAGUUCCUGUUUGGGUGGUUUUCGAGGAUUGUUACAGAUAAAUGACAUUGCUUAUGAAAUUAAGCCCAUGAUGUUUUCUACUAAAUUUGAACAUCUGGUAUAUAAAAUGGAGAGUGAAGAGACCCAAUUUCCAGAAAUGAACUCUGACUUUGUGCAAGAGGACACUUUACUCCAACUGGAAUCUCAAGAGAUUAAUAACUUCACUCAGAAGCAAAGUAAUUCUCGGGGCUGGUGGCGCCAUACGAUUCUUGUUGAACUAGCAGUGGUGGUGGACCAUACUCUCUAUCUUCGUAUACACAAGAAUAUUUCAAAGUUUACUGAAGAUCUAUUUGCUAUGGUAAAUAUAGCGGAUUCCAUUUAUGAGGUAUUAGGUGUUAAAUUGUUAUUAUUUGGUAUGGAGUUCUGGACUACAAAAAACUACUUUGAAGUUGGUGAUAUAAGGAGAUCUCUGAAAGCUUUUUGUAUUUGGAAAAAUGAUAACCUUACUCCCCGCCUGCCACAUGAUACUGCACAUCUUUUUAUGAGUAAACCAUUACGAGGAAUGAGUGGUUUAGGUUAUGUUCCAGGAAUGUGUCAACCACUCCUUAGUUGUGCAGUUCUUACUACUCUAAACAGAAGCAUCGCCAUCGUUGGAAUUGCAAUGGCUCAUCAUAUUGGCCAUAAUUUGGGUAUGUUUCAUGAUGGUGCUUAUUGUUCAUGUGGACAAGUUAGAUGUAUAAUGCAUACUUCAAACCCACCAAUAACUGCAUUUAGCAAUUGUAGUCUUUCUUUUUUUUGGUCCUACACUAUACACCAAGCUAAAUGUGUACUCUAUGAGAUAUACACAAAGGAUAUAUUUUCAAAGAAGCGCUGUGGGGAUGGUAUUGUUGAAGACGAAGAGGAGUGUGACUGUGGACCUUUACAGAGUUGUGCGAAAGAUGCCUGUUGUCUGACAAACUGCACUAUGAGUUAUGGGUCUACUUGUGCUUCUGGACUUUGUUGCAAAGACUGCCAGUUAUUACCAUCUGGAGAAACAUGUCGAAAACAGGCCAAUGAAUGUGAUCUUCCAGAGUGGUGCGAUGGAUCAUCCCCCUUAUGCCCAGAUGAUGUAUACGUGGAGAAUGGAAUUCCCUGUAAUGAAAGUGCCUAUUGCUAUGAAAAGAGAUGUAAUGACCGCAAUGAUCUGUGUAAACAGAUUUUUGGCGAAGAGGCAAAGAGUGCAAGUCAUAAUUGCUACAAAAAUAUAAAUACUCUUGGUGACCGUUUUGGUAACUGUGGCACCAACCUGUCUUCUUAUCUAAAAUGUAAUAUCUCAGACAUCCUGUGUGGGAGAAUUCAGUGUACGGAUGUGAAAGAAAUUCCCAUUUUGAGAGAACACUCUACUGUGCAUCAGUCUCACUUCAAUGACGUCACCUGCUGGACUGUCGACCACCACUUUGGGAUGCCCAAACCUGAUAUUGGCGAAGUGAAAGAUGGCACAGAGUGUGGCCCAGAACGUAUCUGCAUUCACAAGAAGUGUGUCCAUAUAUCUCGCUUGGAUAGUGAUUGUUCCCCUAAGUUCUGUAACAUGAGGGGUAUUUGCAACAAUAAACAUCACUGCCAUUGCAACUAUAAUUGGGACCCACCCAACUGCCUAAUAAGGGGCAAUGGAGGUAGUGUUGAUAGUGGCCCACCCCCUAAGAGACCAAGGCUAAAGAAGAGUUACCUGUUAAUGUUCUCACUUUUUUGGUUGCUUCUCUUGUUAUGUUGUCUUCUUUGCCUUUGUCUGAGGAGAAAAAAGAAAGAGGAAAAAGUUCCGACUCAACCUGCUGAACAAGUGCAAAAGGUUCCGACUCUACCUGCAAAACCACCACCAAAGGCUCCCACACAGCCAGCAGAGCCACCGCCAAAGGGUCCAAAGUCUCCCAGUCAGACUGCAAAACCACCGCCAAAGGUCCCAAAGUCUCCGAGUCAGACCGCAAAGGCACCGCAGAAGACUCCCAGUCAGACCACAGAGGCACCGCAGAAGACUCCCAGUCAGACCACAAAGGCACCGCAGAAGACUCCCAGUCAGACCACAAAGGCACCGCAGAAGACUCCCAGUCAGACCGCAAAGCCACAGCAAAAUGUCCGGAGCCAAUCCAGCAUAUCCGUUCGCCAGAGUCAAAGUGGGAAACAAAGGUCAUCGAGCGUAAAAAGUGUACCCAAAUAA